AUGAUGGCGCUCGAGUACACCCAGGUGGAAUUGCUGACCCUGAACGGCCCCGAGUUUCGGCGGGUAUCAACUGCGCCCCCGCGCCCACCGACUGAGAACGAGAUCCCUGUCAUUGACUUAUCGUCUAUCGACGGAACACUCGAAGAGAGGAAAGCCAUCGCGUCCAAGAUUAGGACAGCGGCGGAGAACACCGGUUUCUUCUAUAUCGAGAACCAUGGAAUAUCAGAAGAACUGAUUCAAGGCGCUUUGUCCCAGGCUAAGGCCUUUUUCGGCCAGCCCGACGAACUGAAGGAAUUGGCAUCGAGUAAACAAUCGAAACUCGCAGAUGGAUGGCAUGGACUUGGAACAACUCAAAUCAACAAAUCUGAGACUUUAGAUCGCAAAGAGACAUUUUCUAUUCGCUACAACCCAAUCAAUGACCCAACAAUCCCUGACCCCGAAAAGGUGGUCGCGGAUGGGAAAUUCUCAGAUGGCGACAACGCCGACAAUGUUGAUUUCCCCUGGAGUGGGACAAACCAUCUCCCAGGCUUCCGCGAGACAACAGUCGAGUUUUAUCAGCGACGUCUCACACUCGCACGCAAGAUGAUCCGCAUUUUUGCGCUCGCAUUGGAUAUGCCAGAAGACUAUUUUGACUCCGUGACGACAGCGCCCGGCGCAGAUGGUCUUUACGUGCAUUAUCCUGCUACUCCAGCCAAAGAACUCGAGGAAAAGGACGGAAAUCUCGACGUUGGUAUCGGCUCACAUACUGACAUUCAAUGCAUUACUCUGCUGUGGCAGGAUAUGUCGGGAGGUUUGCAGGUCCUAUCAGCCAGCGAUGAGUGGUUGGACGCUCGACCCAUCAGUGGUACACUUGUGGUCAAUAUUGGGGACUUCUUGCAGCGUCUAUCAAACAACAAGUUUAAAUCAACUGUGCAUAGGGUUUAUAACCGCCAACCCGCAUCCCGAUACUCUAUGCCUUUCUUCUUGGGGUUCAAUGCGGAUUCGAUUUGCAAAGUCGUGCCCUCCUGUGUUGAUGAAGCCCAUCCUGCGCUCUAUGAACCUAUAUCUUGUGGACAGUGGCACCAAAGAAGGCUUGAACUUGCACGAGUGAAACCCAUCAGCACUUGA